AUGGCGAACAGUGGGCAGAAAGUUGUGCUGAUCACCGGUUGCUCAUCGGGCAUCGGGUUACGAAUCGCCGUUACGCUGGCCAAAGAUGAAAAGAAGCGUUACCAUGUCAUUGCCACCAUGCGGGACCUAAAGAAGAAGGAUAAGCUUCUGGAAGCAGCUGGAGAUACAUAUGGGAAGACCCUGAUGUUGCUCCCGUUAGACGUAUGCAGUGACGAAUCUGUCAAAGAGUGCAUCAACAACAUUAAGGACCGCCACAUUGAUAUUCUGAUCAACAAUGCAGGUGUGGGUUUGCUUGGACCAGUGGAGAGCAUCAGCAUCGAUGAAAUGAAAAGAGUUUUUGACACCAACUUCUUCGGUGUGGUUCGCAUGAUCAAAGAAGUGAUGCCGGACAUGAAGAAGAGGCGUUCAGGACACAUUGUUGUCAUGAGCAGCGUUAUGGGUCUCCAGGGAGUGGUUUUCAAUGAUGUUUACACAGCCUCUAAGUUUGCAAUGGAAGGUUUCUGUGAGAGUAUGGCUGUGCAGCUGAUGAAGUUCAACAUCCGGUUGUCCAUGAUUGAACCUGGCCCUGUUCACACUGAGUUUGAGACGAAAAUGAUGGAAGACGUAGCUAAGAUGGAUUUUCCUGGAGUCGAUGCAGACACAGUUCGAUAUUUUAAAGAUGUUUACCUUCCAUCAUCCAUAGAUAUAUUUGAAGCCAUGGGCCAGACUCCAGAGGACAUAGCUAAAUGCACAAAGAUGGUUAUUGAGUCGGAGAGGCCUCGCUUUAGGAAUCUGACCAACAGCCUCUACACACCCAUCGUGGCCUUAAAGUACGCAGAUGAGACAGGUGGCCUGUCUGUAAACACCUUCUACAAUUUGCUUUUCAAUUUCGGUCCUCUCAUGCACAUCACCAUGAGCAUCCUGAAGUGCCUGACGUGUAGCUGCCUGCGCAGACGCACCAUCUCUCCCAACUGAAUAACACAGUAUUCAGUUCAUCUACCCUAACCCCCCAGUGUCUUAAUUUGAGAUUCUGGGCUAAGCAGGUAAUGUAGAACGUGAAGCUCAAUGCGAGGAGGCUACUUUUAGAUCUAAGACACUACUAUGAUAAGCUUUGACAGACGAUAUGCGCAAUUGCACAAGUUUUCUUCUGAGGAGAUGGCAUAUCCAGGGUGCCCUGAGUGGAGAGACACAUAUCACACAAUACAACAACACUAACAUUGGUUUUAGCAUACAUUUUAUGAAAAAAAAUGCCAUACUUAUUCUUUAAAAUAAGAACCUCAGAGGUAAAAUAAAUAAAUAAAUAAAAACAGCAUGAGAUAUAAAUCUUAUGGACUCAUAUAAAAGCACAAAACUGAACUCAGUUAAUAUGUGAAACGAUGACAUUAUAUGAAACGCCAGGUUAGAAAUAAAUUGUAGCCAGAUAACGCUAUGUUAAGACUCAGAGUUAUGGCAUUAAUAACAGAGUCAUAAACAAAUGGCACUGUAUUGUGUCUAUAAUUUUAUGUUUGUUUUAAUGUUGUGUUGCUGUGGUCAUAACUGCUGUUGAAUCCUGUUUUUAAUCUUUUGGCAAAUGGAAUGUGUUUUGUUUUUAAAGAUUCAAAGAGGUCCAAGUUGGAUUUUUUUUAUUAUUAUUUUGAUUUUGAUUUUUAAAUAAACAGUGUUCUGACUUACCCCAAAAGUUUUUAUUUUAUUUUUUUUUAAGAAUAGAAAUUACAAAUUUCACCACAAUACUAACCAAAAACUAAAAUGUAAACAAGCUGUUGUUUAAUUCAGCCAGCAGGACAGAUCUUUUACCAAGAGAGGGCAGUGUUUUACUGUUUUUCCGGGUUUUUUUCCUGACAGAACUUAAAAACUGUACAUUUUCAUGCAGAAAUGUUUGUGUGUUACGACAUGAAAAUAACUUUUGGUAUUUGAAAUUAAUGCCUUAUUAUAUUUGUGUGCUAUAUGUUUAAAAGCCUUUAUUUACCAGCUCAUUACUGGCACUCAUGGACUCAUUUUUAUUGCAACAUGACUAUAGGUUAUGUCAUGUUUGUCAUUUGAGUUUCUUCUGAAAUAGAUGGGUGUACGCUUUAUGCCAUGUUGCAACCAUUAUUCAUUCUUACUCAUAUUGUAAUUAAUCACUCAUCUCUUAGCAACUCAUUUUUGGUGAUGCAGUCUCAGCAGUGAUUCAUACAAACUUUAUUACUGAUUCAUUUGGGAAGACAAAUAUUGAUAGCAGCAGAUGUUAUCAAAAGAAAAAAAUAUAUCUCAGUAGGUAAAGACUAUUGGGAGUAAUUUUCAUUAAGCCACCAGGAGAGGCUAUUCUAGUCUUUGCUCAUGGAUUUUGUUAGAGGGCCUGGUUGUGCACAUGCGCACAUAUUAGCAUGUAUUUGCAUGGAUGAUAAUGUCUGUGUGUGCAUGUGUGUUUGGGAAUGUGCUGCUGGAGCAUGCCUAUGGGGCAAGUUAGUGAUCUGUUGAUGGAUAUAAAGAGGUCAUGGCCUGCCCCCCUACCUCCACCCCACUACCCCAUCAGAAUCCUUCCCUUGAACCCCCAACCCUCUCACUCACACACCCGGCUUUGUGCCGUGUGAGAGAAUGUGACCUGGUUCCCAUCCCCAAGGAGGGGUGAAAACUAAUGACAACCUCAGACACAUUGCACAGCCUCGAGCCUCCCUCUCCAGCUGGCCCCCUUAACCCAUCAUGCCCGGACCUCCUGGAUCUGGUACGGACUCCUGUGGCCCUGCCGUGGCGUGAUCCGUCCAGUUUAGCGUACAUCAACUUAAUAUUCUGUUCUCCAACUGAUGCUGUAGGAAUAUGCCCAACCUAAUCUUACUUACUGAGUCAGAAUGCACAUUGAGCAUAUUGCAAAAUGUUAGUGCAACUGGUGCUGAACCUGUAGUGUCUGAGUAAGCCACAAUGAAUACUGCGCUUCAGUUCUGAGUAUGUGUCUUCAUCAGAGGCGACAGCUCCACACAAUGGAACAAAGACACUGUCAAUCACAAUCAAACGGGUGUGUGUGUAUGGGUGUGUGUGCGGGUUGGUGAAGAAGGGGGAUACGGAAUCUGAGAAGGGUGGGGGAGGAGUCCUGAAUGUUCUGAGGGGUGCCAAGAUCCAAAGUGGGACACGGAAGCCUAUUGGCAGGGAGUGGGCACAGAACUUUGUUUAGUAAGGGGUGGGAUGUUUUGAACUUGGGAAAAUGAGAAUUGGGAUCCCUGGAAAUGAAUAGAAGGCCUAUUUACUAACUGAAUAAAUUCAGAAGUUACAGCAAAGUCUCAUUAAACAAGAGAUCUUAUCACCAUUGUUGUGUACCUUUGUUUUACAAUCAGGAAUGUGAUUGCAAUAUAAUGAGGCCGACAUAAUGUACAAUUGUCAAACACUGCAUUUGCCUGCAUCCAUGUUUCCUAAUGAGCAAUUUGCAUUUUAUGGGGAUAAUGUAUUUUC